CUAUAGGACCCAUUAUUGGUGGUUAUCCUCCUCUCAUUGGUCGUGGGCUUAAUGGUCGCCAGUUUUCAAGGAGCGAUAAAUAUUAUCUCGGAUCCGUGAACAACCUGAGAGGAGAUCGCAUUCAAAUGUUCCCAAAUUAAUUUGUCAAAGAAGUUGAUGGCAACUGCAAUUUCUUCCAUAUUAAGCCCAAGAAUGAACGGAAUGUAGGCUUAAAGUAAGAAGCAGAUGUGAGGACUUUGAAUUCAGUGCAGCCUGCAGAUCUGAUGGCAGCAGAGACUGUUCAGUCAUUCCUAGAAGUCAAGCAAGAAAUGGAGAGAGGGACACUUGAUCAUCACCAACCCACAUAUAGAAGUGUAGCAGAAAGUGUCCAUUUAGUCCCAGAAGAUAUGAUCAAGCAAGUAGCAGAGAGAGGGGCAUCAAAUCCUCUCAGAACAAUGGAUAGGAGUGCAGCAGAAGGUGUUCAGUCAGUCCCAGAAGAUAUGAUCAAGCAAGUAGCAGAGAGAGGGGCAUCAAAUCCUCUCAGAACAACGACUAGGAGUGCAGCAGAAGGUGUUCAGUCAGUCCCAGAAGAUAAUGUCAAGCAAGAAGUUCAGAGCAGGACCUUGAGUUCACUGCAUUCUACAGAUAUGUGCAUAGAAACAACCCUAGGACAUACUAACAAACAAGAAAUGGAAAGUAAAACCUCCAGAGAUGAAACUGCCCCAUCAGUCCCAGAACACAGUAUGCAAAAAGCAGAGAGUUGGACCUUACAUACUUCGCAAUCUCCAAAUAGGAGCUCAACAGAAACUAUUCAAUUUGUUGAAGGAGUUCUCAUCAAGCAAGAGGUUGAUAGCAAUGUCAUUCAUUACCUGUCACCCAUGAAUGAAUUCAUUCCAUCAGUCAUAGAAGUUCUCAUCAAGGAAGAAGCAGAGGCCUUUUCAACCGUUGGAGAGAAAAUCGAUCAGUUACCCCUCAAAACCAACAUCAAGCAAGAACCUACAGAAGAAAGUGAAGAGGAAGGUGUUCCAUCAAGUCUAGAAGGUAAAAUCAAUCAUGAAGUGGAUAGUACAACCCAUAAUCCUGUGUCAAGUACUGAUGGAGACAAGGAAUCUGAACAUCCUACAUCAGAAGGUGAUAUUGUUAACAACGAACAAGAGACGGUAGAACGUGGAGAGUCAAUCAACAGUGGAGGUAAAUCUCAUCUUUGCUCACAUUGCGGCAAGGUGUUUUCCACAAAAGAUCAACUCGACAUUAAUCUGAGGAUACAUUUUGGAGAAAAGCUACAUCAGUGUCCAUGUUGCAGUAAGAGAUCAUGUCAGGCCAGUCAUCCCCUUCUCCACGUGAAAUCACAUGCAGGAGAAAAGCCAUAUGAAUGUUGCUAUUGUAAGAAAGGAUUUUUACGGAAAAAUGAUCUCAAUCGUCAUAUACUAACACAUACAGGAGAAAAGCCAUAUGAAUGUUGCUAUUGUAAGAAAGGAUUCUCUCAGAAAAGUGUACUCAAUCGUCAUAAACUAAUACAUACGGGAGAAAAGCCAUAUGAAUGUUGCUAUUGUAAGAAAGGAUUUUCUCGGAAAAGUACACUCAAUUGUCAUAUACUAGCACAUACAGGAGAAAUGCCAUAUGAAUGUUGCUAUUGUAAGAAAGGAUUUUUACGGAAAAAUGAUCUCAAUCAACAUAUACUAAUACAUACAGGAGAAAAGCCAUAUGAAUGUUGCUAUUGUAAGAAAGGAUUUUCACAGAAAAGUGUACUCAAUCGUCAUAAACUAUCACAUACAGGAGAAAAGCCCCAUGAAUGUUCGCACUGUAAUAAAGGGUUUUCUGAGAAAAGAAGUCUCACCCAACACCUCCUAACACACACAGGAGAAAAGCCAUAUGAAUGUUCAUACUGCAAGAAAAGGUUUUCUAAGAAAAGCAAUCUCACCCAACACCUCCUAACACACACUGGAGAAAAGCCAUAUGAAUGUUACUUUUGUAAGAAAGGAUUCUCUCAGAAAAGUGUACUCAAUCAACAUAUACUAAUACAUACAGGAGAAAAGCCAUAUGAAUGUUGCUAUUGUAAGAAAGGAUUUUCACAAAAAAAUCAUCUCAAUCGUCAUAUACUAACCCAUUCAGGAGAAAAGCCAUAUGUAUGUUGCUAUUGUCACAAAGGAUUUUCACAAAAAAGUGCUCUCAACCAUCAUAUACUAACACACACAGAAGAAAAGCCAUAUGAAUGUUGCUAUUGUAAACAAAGAUUCUCUCUGAAAAGUGCACUCAAUUGUCAUCUACUAACACACCCAGAAGGAAAGCCACAUGAAUGUUCACACUGUAAUAUAAGGUAUUCUGAGAAAAGAAAUCUCACCCAACACCUCCUAACGCACACAGGGGAAAAGCCCUAUCAAUGUUGCUAUUGUAAGAAAGGAUUUUCUCGGAAAGAUGUACUCAAGCUUCAUCUCCGAACACACACAGGAGUAAAGCCAUAUGAAUGUUACUUUUGUAAGAAAGGAUUCUCUCAGAAAAGAAAUCUCACCCAACACCUCCUAACACACACAGGAGAAAAGCCAUAUGAAUGUUCAAACUGUAAGAAAGGGUUUUCUGAGAAAAGAAGUCUCACCCGACACUUCCUCACACACACAGGAGAAAAGCCGUAUGAAUGUUCAAACUGCAAGAAAAGGUUUUCUCAGAAAAGCAAUCUCACCCAACACCUCCUAACACACACAGGAGAAAAGCCAUAUGAAUGUUCACACUGCACGAAAAGGUUUUCUCUGAAAAGUAGUCUUAAACGUCAUCUCCGAACACACACAGGAGAAAAGCCAUAUGAAUGUUCAAACUGUAAGAAAGGGUUUUAUGAGAAAAGAAGUCUCACCCAACACCUCCUAACACACACAGGAGAAAAGCCAUAUGAAAGUUCACACUGCAAGAAAAUGUUUUCUCUGAAAAGUACUCUUACCUGACACCUACAAACACACACAGGAGAAAAGCCAUAUGAAUGUUCACACUGCACGAAAAGGUUUUCUCUGAAAAGUACUCUUAAACGUCAUCUCCGAACACACACAGGAGAAAAGCCAUAUGAAUGUUCAAACUGUAAGAAAGGGUUUUAUGAGAAAAGAAGUCUCACCCAACACCUAACACACACAGGAGAAAAGCCAUAUGAAUGUUCAAACUGUAAGAAAGGGUUUUAUGAGAAAAGAAGUCUCACCCAACACCUAACACACACAGGAGAAAAGCCAUAUGAAUGUUCAAACUGUAAGAAAGGGUUUUCUGAGAAAAGUAGUCUCACCCAACACCUCCUAACACACACAGGAGAAAAGCCCUAUGAAUGUUCAUACUGCAAGAAAAGGUUUUCUAAGAAAAUCACUCUAACCCAACACCUCCUAACACACACAGGCGAAAAGCCAUAUGAAUGUUCAAACUGUAAGAAAGGGUUUUCUAAGAAAAGCAAUCUCACCCGACACUUCCUCACACACACAGGAGAGAAGCCAUAUGAAAGUUCACACUGCAAGAAAAUGUUUUCUCUGAAAAGUACUCUUACCUGACACCUACAAACACACACAGGAGAAAAGCUGUAUAAAUGUUCACACUGCAAGAAAGGGUUUUCUAAGAAAAGCUAUCUCACCCAAAACCUCCUCGUACACAAAAGAGAAAAGCCAUAUGAAUGUUCACACUGCAAGAAAAGGUUUUCUAAGAAAAGAAAUCUCACCCAACACUGAUGAGGUCGAGGGUCUUAGAAUUGGUAGAUACUCAUGAUAAUAGACGAAUCGGCAGUCAGGUUUGUUGUGAUGGAGACAUGUUUAUUAAACUACGACGGAUACCGGAUAUUCGGAUAUCGCAUAUCUUAACAUCCCCCUUCCUCUGGAAAGAUUGGGAAUCAGUGAACAUCACUGAUUGAUGAUUAAUAACAUACUAGCAGGAGCCGUGGAAAAUCCACGGGAUUCUAGGGGGAGGGCAGGGGAGGGGGAGGGCAGGGGAGGGGUAAAUAGAAAGAGGCCUAGACCCUAUGUGCUAUCGAAAAUAAAAUUUGAUUAUUUUUAUAUAAGGUCUAGGCCUAGAAUCUAGACGAUUUUUAUAAUGCUGUUUGACCAUGAAUGGCGCACCGUAAUACCCGUUUUAAUGCAUUGAUUUGAUGAAGGAACUGUAUCAUAGUAUAAGUAUUCUAUCCAGCUAUAGACAAUGCCAAUGGCUAUGUUUUUAAACGACCGUCUGAUUUUCUUGUGAAAACUUUACUUUGAAAAAUGAUUAUCGAAAUUCAGCAUACAACUAUACAUGGACAGAAUAAUCACAAUCUAAACUCAGGUUUCAUACCUCUAUAGUCACGAAACUAUAUUGAAAUAGGGGCAAUAAGAGCAAUUUCAAAAUGGUGUCGAGUCUACUCUAUAAUAGCUCAGCUCAGCUCACCUCACCUCACACAGUCACAGUCACACAGUCACAGUUCCGACAGUGCUCGGCAGCAGUAGCGCACUGCACUGCCCGUGCCUCACGGCAGCUAGCUUGCAACUGAACUGUCAGUUACGAUGAAUUUCUUGUGAAAACUUUACUUUGAAGAAUGAUUUUCAAAAUUCAGUAAACAUGAACAGGAUAAUACCAAAGUAACCCUGCUUGCAUACCUC